ACCAAGCGUAUUGCGAGUGGACGACACGCGUAGAGAGGGCGAGAGAGACAAGCUGUCAAGCUAGCUCGCCAGCAAACCUUUUAUUUAUUUUACUACAUAUCUACUCGCAAUUAACAGCAGAUAUCCGCCGCAAACCCAGGGAACGCCUGCAGAAACACAUAAACCUUGUUAUAGAUUAGACGACAACGUUUCGAACAGUCCCAAACCCUUCGGAAAGACGGAGAGAUGGCAACCACAACUUGUACACGUUUUACGGACGAAUAUCAGCUAUAUGAAGAGCUUGGAAAGGGAGCAUUUUCAGUGGUGCGCCGUUGUGUCAAGCUGUGCACCGGCCAGGAGUAUGCUGCUAAAAUAAUCAACACCAAAAAGCUCUCUGCCAGAGAUCACCAGAAGUUGGAGCGUGAAGCUCGUAUUUGUCGCUUGCUUAAGCACCCCAAUAUUGUUCGACUCCACGACAGUAUAUCAGAAGAAGGGUUCCACUACCUCCUCUUUGACUUGGUGACAGGAGGGGAGCUGUUUGAAGACAUCGUAGCCAGAGAGUAUUACAGUGAAGCCGACGCCAGUCAUUGCAUCCAGCAGAUCCUGGAGGCGGUGCUUCACUGCCACCAAAUGGGGGUGGUGCACCGAGACCUGAAGCCAGAGAACCUGCUCCUGGCCAGUAAGUGUAAGAACGCUGCCGUCAAGCUGGCCGACUUCGGGCUGGCCAUCGAGGUGCAGGGGGAUCAGCAGGCCUGGUUCGGUUUUGCUGGGACACCGGGGUACCUUUCCCCUGAGGUGCUGAGGAAGGAGGCCUACGGGAAGCCGGUGGACAUCUGGGCCUGUGGUGUGAUCCUGUACAUUCUGCUGGUGGGUUACCCUCCUUUCUGGGAUGAAGACCAGCACAAACUGUACCAGCAGAUCAAAGCGGGAGCCUACGACUUCCCCUCCCCUGAGUGGGACACAGUCACUCCUGAAGCUAAGAACCUCAUCAACCAGAUGCUGACCAUUAACCCCGCCAAGAGGAUCACUGCCCAGGAGGCUCUCAAACACCCAUGGGUCUGCCAACGGUCCACGGUGGCCUCCAUGAUGCACAGACAGGAGACAGUGGAGUGCCUGAAGAAAUUCAACGCCAGGAGGAAGCUGAAGGGAGCCAUCCUCACCACCAUGCUGGUGUCGCGGAAUUUCUCUGUGGGCCGGCAGUCCACCGCUCCGUCCUCGGUUGCCGCGGCAGCAGCCGCCGCCGCCGGCUCGACCGCGGGGCUGGUGGAACAAGCAGCCAAGAGUAUGCUGAACAAGAAGGCCGAUGUCAAGAAAAGGAAGUCGAGCUCUACUGUUCAGUACAUGCCGCAGUCAAACAGCACGAAAAACAGCAUAGUCACCAGCCCCAAAGGAAACAUCCCUUCUUCUGCUCUGGAGCCUCAGACCACAGUUAUCCAUAAUCCAGUGGAUGGGACUAAGGAGUCGUCUGACAGCAGUAACACCACUAUCGAAGACGAGGAUGUGAAAGGGAAAAGCCCGGAGGGCACCUCGGGUAGGGCCCCGCCCAAUGCCCACCAGCCCGCUCCGGGCCCCGCCCCUUCCGUCUUCUCCUCCAAGCUGACAGACAUCCUAGGGAGCGCGCGGCGGGGCUCAGGGCCCGUUUCGGACGGCGAGGGGGGGUCCAGCACCCCUCCAGCUGCCCUCUCUGCCCCCUCCCCACCCCAGACCCCUGUGCCCCCCAUGCAGAUGGCGGGUCUGACAGACAUCAUUCGCCAGAGGUGUGGCCCCCAGCCCAAAUCUGAGCCUGCCCACACCCAGCCGGCGUCCCCCCCGCCCCAAUCUCCCCCCCUUCCAUCCCUGCCCCCCUCCGGCCCCUCUCUGUCCGCUCUAACACGCAAACAGGAGAUCAUCAAGAUCACGGAGCAGCUGAUCGAGGCCGUGAAUAACGGAGACUUUGAGGCCUAUGCGAAGAUCUGCGAUCCUGGCCUGACCUCUUUUGAACCCGAGGCUCUGGGGAACCUGGUGGAAGGAAUGGACUUCCACAGAUUCUACUUUGAGAACUUGCUCUCUAAGAACAAUAAGCCCAUCCACACCACCAUACUGAACCCGCACGUGCACCUGAUUGGAGAGGAUGCCGCCUGCAUCGCCUACAUCCGUCUGACGCAGUUCGUGGACGGGCAGGGCCGGCCUCGCAGCAGCCAAUCAGAGGAGACCCGCGUCUGGCACCGCCGCGACUCCAAGUGGCAGAACGUGCACUUCCACUGCUCCGGGGCCCCCGCCGCCCCCCUACAGUGAGAGGUGAGACCUCUGCGGCCAUGACCGUCAAAGUACGCAGUUGAAGAGAGGGAUAGAAGGAGGGGUGGAAGAAGGAGGGAUGGAAGGAGAACGAGUCCGGAGUUGAGAGAGCUUUGAUCACGGCUACGCCAGGCCCUCCCAUUUCUGGAUCCCGUCCUCACCCGCAUGCACGUCUCUUUAUGACUACCGCCACCUGCUGGGCUGCCCUGGCUACUGCACCUUCCAAACAACACCCCCCCCCCCAUCCCCACCCCAAACAAACAGCAACCAACCAACUCACCUAUGACCUAACUGCCCCAGCCAAAUGAUGACCCCACAAGACGAGACUACAGCCACACAGCAGCUAGUGCUGCAUCGGAAGGACAUAAGGACUCACCCAUUAGCAGCCGAGUGUCAGAGCCCUCUGUGUGUGUUUUCUGGUGUCACACUGUUCAGGUCAUGCUCACGUUGUCACUGGCUUUGAGUCACAGUGCACAGGCACGCCCAAGUUCAGUAUGUAAAGUUUUAAACAGAAUCAUUAUUAUUACGAUUAUUCUUAUUAUGACGGUUAUUAUGACUAUGGCGAUUGUAUAUUUAAUUGGUUUUAAAAUAUAUUAUUGAUGCCAGUGGUUUAUAGUUUAAGAUUAUUCAUUUAAUAUCUUUUCAAGUAAGCAUGACUUUUACGGUAUUCAAAGUGACUGUUUUUUGUUUUGUUUAGUUUAGUUUUUUUUUAUUGUGCUUGAGUAAAAGAGAUUUUGGCUAUUUUUGUACAUGCUAUGUGUCUGUUGACAACAGUGCUGAACUCGGAACAAAAGCAGAGACUUCUGAGAUGGAAGGGUGUGUACACUGGGAUACGGGAUAUUUGUGUGUGUGUGUGUGUGUGUGUGUGUGUGAGGGAGGGCCAGGGUCAAAGCCUGUUUCAGCAUUUUAAGAUAUAAUUGGCUGCUGGAACUCAUCAGCUGUACCCACUGAGGGAUGGGCCUGACCUGGGGGGGGGGG